AUGCACGGAAGUACGGCCAUUUUUAAACUCGCGACACCACUUGUAGACACUUGUACGAUUCAUAACUCUAUCACCAUAAACAGUUUUCACCUCAUUAAAAAUCUCAAUUGGAGUUUUUCCCUUCGCAAUGAGGUAGCGGAUGACAGCGCGGGGUUCGCACUUGGCGGGAGAUUGGAUCGACAUUUUUCGCGAAAGAUGCUCUUACGUCAAAAGUUCUCAACAAACUAACCUCGAAUCGGAAUCAUUUUGAAGGGAAAGAGUCAAGCUAUGCGGCAGUAUUGCCAAUAUUUCGAAAAAGCAUCUCCUACAGUCGUGAGAACCCCAGUACACUUACUUUCUGGACGUGCCUCGUACAUUGACGUACGAUCCGCCUCGAGGUUAACCUAACACGUGUUUACAUCAUUCCUCAGAGGAACUAAUGCGAAAGUUACCGAAUGGAGAUGCUUUACACCAUGUGAAAGAUACAGUCAUAUCCACGACUUUAGAAAAAGAUAAUGUAGCAACUCGCGAAAACAGACGAGGCGUGAGACGAAAAUGCGUGAUGACAUUCGGGGCGUUUUUUCUGGGCUUUGCCUUGGUGGCUGGAGUAGGUUUGCCCUUGGCCUUAGAACUUCGCAGCUCACGUUUAUUAGAAGCCAGACUUCAAGUUGUCAGAAGGAUAUUGUCAGAAGUUCCCCUGGUAGAUGGGCACAACGACUUCGCCUGGAAGUUUCGAAAGCAGCGAGGUAGCAUAAGGAACAUUCCUUUCCAGGAUGAUCUUUCCCAAAAUUCAACAUGGGGUCCACAAUGGCAAACAGACCUGAAGCGCCUUCAUCAAGGCAUCGUUGGCGCACAAUUUUGGUCAGCCUAUGUCCCAUGCGAAGCUCAAUUUUUAGAUGCUGUACAAUUAACUUUAGAGCAAAUAGAUGUUGUGCGCAGGCUUACCUCAAAAUAUCCAAGGAGGAUGAGGAUGGUGACCUCAAGUGAGGAAUUAAAAAGGGCUCACAAGGAUGGAGUCGUAGCUAGUUUAGUUGGUAUCGAGGGAGGUCACAGCAUUGGAUCUUCCAUGGCUGUUCUCAGAAGCUUCCAUCUUCUUGGUGCACGAUAUAUGACCUUAACGCACAAAUGCAACACUCCUUGGGCUGAUUCAUCUUCAGUAGAAGAUCCAAAUGAAGACGCCCCAAUGGAUUUUCAUAGCGACGGGCUAUCUGGUUUCGGGAAAGCUGUCGUCAAAGAACUGAACAGAUUAGGAAUGUUAAUCGAUCUCUCUCAUGUCUCCAUAAGAACUAUGAAAAAUGCCCUUGCCAUUACGAAAGCUCCCGUCAUUUUUUCGCACAGUGCGGCAAGAACUCUUUGCAAUUCAUCAAGCAACGUUCCAGAUGACGUCCUAAGAAAUUUAUCUCUCAAUGGUGGCCUCGUUAUGGUUAGUUUUGAUAGUGCUCAUCUCAGCUGUGGAGAUACAGCUUCUCUGUUCGACGUCAUAGCACACAUAAACCACAUAAGAAACACAGCUGGUGUUAAUCACGUGGGAUUAGGUGCUGGAUACGAUGGAAUUUUGAGUCCUCCAACAGAACUUCCUGAUGUGUCUGGUUAUCCCCUCUUGCUGGCGGAAUUAACAAGAGACAGAAGAUGGUCAGCAUCUGACAUCAAGAAACUUGUGGGUGGCAAUCUUUUGCGUGUUCUUUCAGAAGUUGAAAGUCACGCUUCCGCUCUUUCUAAUCAAUCCCCUGCCGAGGAAUGGAUCCACCAGAAUCUCAUCAAAGACACUGCAUAUUGCAGAUAUGACGUUAAUUGAAAAUUUAAAACAAAAAAGAUCCAAAAUUCUAUCAAAUUUCUUAACUUUUUUACAAUAAUUAUGCAAGGAUGAUGUUGCUAGAUUUAUUAAAACUGAAAGCAUGUGGCUCUUAGAAUAAAUAUUUUUAUUAUACUAUAUUAUUAUCUUAUAUUAAAACGGUCAGUCUUUAAUUAAUUACAUUUGAGAACAAAUGUAGUUAAUAAAUCUAGUAAAUUUCUUCACAUUUUAUCACUGCAAUUUAAAAAACUGUAC